AUGCCGACGCUGGAAGUGGCGACGCUUUUGGGUCAGCACCUUGGCGAUAAACUCCGUGUAACCUCCGCGAUGGUUGUGAUGGACCGCAUUGUGGUGGUAGGCACCGAUGCAGGCUGCGUUCUCGCCUUUUCGCAGCCGAGCAGUGGUGCGGAGGUGGGUACUGUUGGCGUCUGCGUGUAUGCGCGGGCUCUCCAUCAUGGUCCGGUGCACUGCAUGUGCGCCUCUGCCUCCCACCUUGUGGCCUCCGCCGGUCACGAUGCGGCGCCCGUGGUGCAGCCGGUUUUAAAUCUCCUGACGAAUGGCGUGGCGCAGACGGACCGCCUCUCCGGCCACACGUUACCGUUAACGGCAAUGACUUUUUUCUCCUCGGGGAACUGGCUAGCGACGUGCGGCUUAGGCGGUCGCCUUAUUGUUUUUGACACAACGACCCGUUCCUCCCUCUGCGAUGUGAGCGUUGGGUUUUCUGUGCGCUGCCUGGCUCUUUCGCCUGACGAGACAACCUGUUUUCUCGGCGGCACACGCAUUGCUCGCGUUGAUUUGUACCAAAACACUCGUCCUGUCGAGCCGAUGAUCCGGCGGGAGCACCCGCUGUGGCUUCAGCAUUACUCGUGGUCAAGUAAUGGCGAUGAGUUUGUGGCGGAGGCACCGGACGAUCUUUUUAUUGCGCGUCUCACUGUGACAGAGGACCGCCUCACGGCGGUGUUUCGACCUCGUGGUGGGAGUGGGGCGGAUUACGCGAUUGCUACAUGGAGGCUUGGUGCGGUGGACUUUUGGUUGUCCCGCGACUUUUGCCGCCCGGCGGAUAAAAUGCAGGUGGGGGAUGGGGAGGAGCGACUGCAGUGUUCAUCCUUCCGUGAUAUUUUUUUUGAAGAGUUGAAGGAGGAUGCGGCACCGGUGCUGCAGGCAAAUGACGGAUGGGACACAUGGCGGCGGGCUCGUGUGCGGUUGGAGUGUGGGCCGCCCCUUCUGACCCUGAAACGUGACGAGGGUCUGGCCGAUUGCCUGUUCUCUGCACUGAAUGAUACACCCGCCGGCCGACUGGCCUACGAGGAGGAGCGUGGACGUAUAUUGCAGGUGGAGUGCGAUGAAGUUGUGCGCCUCCUGAAGGCUGCGAUGCGUCGGGAUGGAAGAAAAAGGGGACGCUCAUCUGCCGCGGCGUGA